GGAGGUGCUCUGGCGGAGGCUGGUGCACCCCUGCUCGGGUGAUCUGGCGCAGAACCCAGGGAGUGCUUGCCGUUCUUCGGGCUCCUCCCCGUUUGCUGCGGCCUCAGAGCUCGGCGUUAUUCUGUGGCCUCCGCAGAAUGUGGAUGACGCCCAAGAGGAUUAGAAUGGAAGUCGACGAGGCUCUGGUGUUUCGGCCCGAGUGGACCCAGCGUUACUUGGUGGUGGAGCCUGCGGAGGGUGACGGGGCCCUGUGCCUGGUGUGUCGCCGCCUGGUCGCCUCUACUCGGGAACGCGACGUGAGGCGCCACUACGAGGCCGAACACGAAUUCUAUGAACGGUUUGUAGGGGACGAGGAGCGCGCGGCCCUGGUGGAACGUCUGCGGCAGGGCGACAUGUCUUUGGCUUCGGUGCUCACUCCGGAGGAGAGGGCGACGCGGGCAGGCCUCGGCCUCUGCCGCUUCUUGGCCUUGAAGGGUCGCGGCUGGGGUGAGGGUGACUUCGUACACCAGUGCAUGGAGGUGUUGCUGAGAGAGGUGCUGCCAGAUCACGUCGGCGUCCUGGAAGGCAUUGAUUUAUCUCCAGAGAUCACACGGCAGAGGAUUCUGAGCAUUGACAGCAACCUCCGUAGCCAGCUGUUUAACCGAGCCAGGGACUUCAAGGCCUAUUCCCUUGCUCUGGAUGACCAGGCUUUUGUGGCCUAUGAGAACUACCUGCUGGUCUUCAUCCGAGGCGUCGGCCGGGACCUGGAGGUGCAGGAAGAUCUUCUGACGAUUAUCAACCUGACUCAUCACUUCAGUGUUGGGGCUCUCAUGUCGGCAAUUCUGGAGGCCCUGCAGACCGCAGGGCUCAGCUUACAGCGAAUGGUUGGACUGACCACGACCCACACGUUAAGGAUGAUCGGCGAGAACUCCGGGCUGGUCUCCUACAUGAGAGAAAAGGCUGUGAGUCCCAACUGUUGGAACGUUAUCCACUAUUCGGGAUUUCUUCACUUGGAACUGUUGAGCUCUUAUGAUGUUGACAUUAAUCAGAUCAUAAAUACCAUAUCUGAAUGGGUAGUUAUGAUUAAGACCAGAGGUGUCAGGCGACCGGAGUUUCAGUCUUUACUAACUGAGUCUGAAUCAGAGCAUGGCGAAAGAGUUAAUGGACGGUGUUUGAACAACUGGCUGAGAAGAGGCAAAACGUUAAAACUAAUAUUUUCACUAAGGAAAGAAAUCGAGGCAUUCUUGGUUUCAGUGGGAGCAACAACAGUUCAUUUCUCAGACAAGCAGUGGCUUUGUGAUUUUGGUUUCUUGGUAGAUAUUAUGGAUUAUCUUCGAGAGAUCAGUGAAGAACUGCAAAUCAGUAAAGUCUUUGCUGCUGCUGCCUUUGAUCGCAUCUGUACCUUUGAGGACAAGCUGAGUUCACUUCAGAGACAUAUGGAAGAAGUAAACCUGACAGACUUUCCUGCCUUCAGCAUAAUCGUUGAUGAACUUAGACAGCAGUUUAAGGAAGAUCAAAAAAUAUUUGAUCCUGACAGGUAUCAAAUGGUGAUCUCCCGUCUGCAAAAAGAUUUUGAGAGACAUUUUAAGGACCUCAGGUUCAUUAAAAAGGACUUAGAACUUUUCGCAAAUCCAUUUAGCUUUAAACCAGAAUAUGCGCCUAUUUCCGUAAGAGUGGAGCUAACAAAACUUCAGGGGAACACUGACCUGUGGAAUGAGUACAGAGUCAAAGACCUGGGACAGUUUUAUGCUGGACUGUCUGGUGAAGCUUACCCAAUUAUCAAAGGGGUUGCCUAUAAGGUGGCAUCCUUAUUUGAUAGUAACCAAAUCUGUGAUAAGGCUUUCGCAUAUUUAACUCGAAACCAGCACACAUUGAGCCAGCCACUGACAGAUGAGCAUCUCCAAGCACUAUUUCGAGUUGCCACAACUGAAAUGGAUCCUCGCUGGGAUGAUCUUGUGAGAGAAAGAAAUGAUUCUUAAGCCACCGUGGUACAAGGAGAAGUCAUUUGAAAAGGGAAAAUUAGUUUGACGGUUGGAAAGCAUUGAACUGCCUACAGAUGUCUAAAUUGAUAAACAUUGAAGUCUUUCUGACGAGUUGCCUUUCUCUAUCCCAUUUGGCAGCGUGGGACUGAAGCAUAAGAAUACCACCUUUAAAAACCUUAGUGUAAUGGAAAACUCAUUGCCUUUUACUUUUAUUAUAACGGAUUUUCAACAAACAGUAUUGAUAUUGUCAGUUGAACUAGAAGUCUGGUUUUAAAAUGGUCUAAAGAUACACGCCAAAAGUUUCAGCUCUCAUUUUGACACAGUGGAAAGUGUGGCACAUGGUUUGAAAUGACCAACUUCUUAGAAGUGUAUUUGAGUCCGUUUACAGAAACAUCAAAUUAAGUUUCUGAAAAUAAAUAGCAUAUACACAGUGGAGGUAUUUUAUCUAGCUAACAGAAUUUAAGUUUAUUUUUUAAAGCAUAUUUCUGAGUCUGAAGUAAAUACAAUCCCCAUCCCCACCUAACCAGUUGAUGGUGACAUUAUGGAUGGAGGAAGUAAUCAAUUUGGUGUUGGAGCAGCAAGGUUUAUUUUACGUUUCUGAUUUAGGAGAUUUCUUACUACCAGGAGUUAAGAAUAACCAAUUAUUGGUGGUUUGCUCCUUAUUUUUUCACAGCUGGAGCAAUUUUUUUCAGCUCAUCUAUCAAAGGACCAUGGUAAGUAUGGAAUCUUGAUCACUGCCAGUCAGUAAUUUUUUUUUCUCCUCUACACAGAACUUUGGCCCUAUCCAAACAGUAAGGGGGAAGAGACUUUUACACUUCAAGAUCAGGAGUUAGGAGAGGUUUUAUCGUGCUUGUCUUGUCUGCAUGGGUAUUAGUGUUUUAUAAAGAAACUGUGCUUAAAGGAGACACUUUAUUCUGAAAUGAUGUGUCAGAUUUUGUUAACUGCAGGAAAUGGAUUUACUCUAGAAUUUAGAACUGUCUCACACACUGAGUAGUUAAGACAGUGCACAAGUAAAAAUAUUGAAAUCUCAAGAGGCAGCCUUAUCCACAGACUGUAAUAAUUGCUGUUUCUAGAGACAUCGGUUUUGUGCUAUAAUGUUAUCAGACAUAUUAACUGUGGAAAAGUCAACCUAAAGGUAAAGCUCAACAUGCCAAACUGAACUAAAAGCAGCACCUGAUUUGUAACUCAUCCUCAAGUACAGUUUACAAGCUGUUGUGCUGCAUUCUGUCUGAAAUACUGCAGCGCAUUGUCGUGUUGCGCAUUCAAGGAACCUGAUUACAACCAAGAAUUUGGAAGGAACUGAUGAUUAAGCCACAGGAGUCUAAGAACCAAAGUUAGGUCAAUGGUUCUCAAUCAAAGGUAGAAACCCUUUUUUCCAGAGAGUGCUGGAAAGCGUUAGGGGCACCUUUGUAAUUAUCUUAUUUUCUGGAGGGUUGUGCUGGCACGUAAGCCAAGAAGAUUUCUCCUUCCUAUGGUGUUCAGACAGCCUGAUGCCAUAAAGAAUCAUCCAUUCCUCCCAAAGUGCCAGCACCUCCUCCCCAUCGAGAAUACAUCAUCUUAUUUCAAAGGACAGGGGAAAAUCUCCAGUGGAAGCUGAUGGUGUAUACUUGAUAGGAAAGCCUAGUUCCAACAGUUCAGAAAAGAAAAGCGAGUGUCAGAUUGACAUUUUGCUUAUCAAAGAAUAAGCUUACGUACCUGGAAAACAGGAGUCUACCGGUAGUUUCCCGGUAGCUUUGUGUAUUACCUUUCACAGUAAAUACUUCAAAUUCUUUUGUUAUUUGAGAGAAUGAUUGGAAGUCCUGAAAGCUGCUUCUACUUUCUAUUUCUGGUCCCUUAAAUAUUAAUGUCUUGUGCAUUCUAUCAAGUUCUUGUGUUUUGCUUAAGGUGAUAAUAAAAUUAGUUUGCAUCAUGUAACCACUGUGUGAAUAUGGAGGAGAUAUAAAUAAGCUAAGGAAUUUGUUUUAAAUUGACCGUCAGCAAUAGUUUGCUGUAACUAGUCUUAUUUUUUGUUUGUUUCUUUGUUUUAGGCAGUGGUUCUAACCUUCCUAAUGCUGUGACCCUUUAAUACAAUUCCUCAUGUUGUGGUGACCCCCAGCCAUAAAGUUAUUUCUUUGCUACUUCAUAACUGUAAUCUGCUACUGUUAUGAAUUGUAAUGUAAAUAUCUGAUAUGCAGGAUAUCUGAUAUUCAAAGCCCCAGAGGGGUCAGGACCCAUGGGUUGAGAACCGCUGGUUUAAAGUGUUUUGCUGUUUUCUGUAUUUCUGUAAGUAACUGUAGCUGCAUGGCAGUUUUUCCCUUUUUAAAUACAUAGUUGUUACUGGUCCUGUGGUAUCAGUGAAUAUAGUUAAAAUAAGUGCCAUUUAUUACAACUCUGUGUCCUUAACUGUCCCUUCCCAUUUCUCUCAUUCCUGCUAGUUCAAAUAUUUGCUUGCCCAGGCGCCCACAUUGCCAGUCAGAUCACUCAAGUUCAGUGUUUUCCCCUUCUUGAAAUCAUCCUAGCAUUGCAGAGACACCAGCUCCAGUCAUUGCAGUCACCUCCUUCCUUAAGUAUGUCUAUCUGGUUGCUUGGUUUGCUGUUGUGUUUUGUUUUCUUUUAAGACUCCCUUGCCUCAUUUCCCUACAUUACUUCCUUAGUUGAUCUCUUUCUAUGACUUUAGGUAUCACCUGUAUGCAGAUACUUCCAAAUUUUUGUCUCCUGAGAUUUCGCUUUAAAUCCUAGUUGCUAAUAUUGCUAACACUAUGCUCUCUCACAUCUUGGCUCUUUCUCCCAAAUCUGCUCUUUCUCUCACUUUUCCUUCAGCCAAUGGCUUUAUACAGUUGCCCUUGCCUAAGCCAAAAACAGUCAGCUCACUCAUACCACUCCCCUGCCUUCCUUGCUAUCAGGGUAGAUAGAAGACAAACUUCUGUUCAUCUUGUGGAACAUUGGCUUACGUAUCAUCUAAGAAGCUUCAGGUGUGUCCUCUAGGCCAGGUGCCCAACUACACAUGCUGAACACCCUGUCCUUUCUAAUUAGCAUUUCUUACUGUGCAUUGGUCAUUUCUAGACUGGACCAGAGACGUGGUCCAUUGUUUCAUCUCUAGUGAAUAGUGCAAUGCCUGGCAUUUGAACAAAUGCUUGGGCAAAUAAAUACUUGUGUAUGUUUUUCUUAUAUAUAUAUAUAUGAAACCUUCACAGUCUUCAUUUGACCUUCACAGACAUCCUGCCUGUUCACUUAAUAGUUCUUAGCCAUGUAUUGCAAAUUAAGAAAUGAAGCUCACCUUAUUUGUGACUAGGAAUCUCAUUGUUGUGUUUCUUGAAUUUAGUGCAGUGCUUAGCAUGUGGUUCAAAUAUUAUGUGAAUGUUAAGAAAACAGAUUGUAAUUUACCCUAGUAAACUAGUAGUAAUGUCAAGAUUCAAACCUAGGUGUACUCACAAAUCUACUCUCUAGUGUUAAGUACAUUCAUAAUACAGAGUCUUUAUUUUAAUUUCCAAAGGAACCUACAAACAGAAGGAAAACAAUGGAUAACUGCUUAGAUUGAACUGAGUUCAGUAAUCUAAAAAUUACCUUCAGUAUUGAGGAAAGAAAGACAAUACUGCAAAGAGUUAAUGCCCAUUUUUCCUUUUGUAGGCGUCAACCCUAGGAGGAAAUGGCAUGGUAUUUAGUAGUUACUUUCCUUUACAGAUGAUUUCUGGCUCUUCUGGAAUUUAAAAGUAAGUAAACAUGUUUCUGAGAAAGAUGUCUUAGUCAGCCCUUCUGACUACAAGAUCCUCAGCUCUUCUUUUUUAACCUGUAGAAUUCCCACAUCAUCUCCUAAGGGGAAACCCCCAGAUGACAUCCAGUUAACAGGGACUUUUAGAGUUGCUAUAUUUUCCUACUUUCUUUUUUCAUGCCUCUGAAUUUCAUUUCUAGGUAAAUGAGACAUUUCAGUCUUAAGUCAGAAAGCCAAAUGCUUAUUAGUUUCUUUCAUUAAGCCAUUUUGCCCAAUUUAAGAGACAAACUGGUAUCAUUCUCUUAGUUGGACUUACAGUUUUAGGAAAUCACACUAAUUAAUUCAUUCUGAGGUCUUGGUAGUAUGACAGUUAUCCAGAGAUUUGACCCUAUUGCAAAACUAGUUUUUUGUCACCCUUUGGGAUAAAGGUUUCUCAUUUUUAAUCUCGUAUUUUAAAAAUUGAAAAGUUGAUUCAUACUAUACUGUAAGUACUUUAUUCUGCCUUGAAACCAACCAAAUACUGAAUUUAUGUCCUGUACAUUUUGUCUAAAGCAGCCAACAGCCACAACAAAGUAUUUUUUUCUUCUUUAAUAAAGGGUAGAUAUCCUAUCUCCCAGUUCAUCUCACAGGGCACUUUCGCCUCUCUAUAAUAUAACUCAUCCCUGUGUCGUUUUUUUUUUUUUUUUUUUUUCUAUCUUCCAGUAGCAAUCUUCCUGACUGACUCGCAAAUAAUCAAUAAUCAAUUUGUUUAGUAUUUUAGUUCUGCAUCAGGAUUGGUGAGGUGCCAUGAGCAGGUAAAUAACUACAAAAGUUUAGUGUCCCAACAGCUUGUCUGUGACAAGUUAUCUGAGUUUUCUGAACUGGCAGGCUACAACCCCCACAGGCCAAGUCCGUCUCUGCUCAUCCUUCUCUGAGGAAAGUGUUACAGGAGUUAUAGCCAUGUCUGUCUAUGAGCUGUCAUGGCUACUUCCCUCUACAGUUGCAGACUUGCAUAGUUGUGACACUGUGUGAAACACAAGCUAAAAUACUUUUUGGAAAAGUCCACUGUUUCCUGCUUAAGAUUGUCCCUACCUACCUGGGGACUAAGCAGAUAAACUCAAUAGGAGUUGACUGCUCACUUUGUAAAAGAGAAGAGAAAGUUUGGCUCUGUAAGUCCACAGCCACACCAAAUUUCAAGAACUGCAAAUCCCUCCAUUCAGGUGGGAGGAAGAUGAGCUAGCUAUUUGGAAGAUCAUAGUACUGAUCCUCAUUCUAUUCCCCUAGUUACGUCACUUUAAAUAUGUCUUGCUUUUUCAUUGAGAUUAAAGUUUACAAAUAUUAAGUGUCCACUUCAGUGGAUUCUUAUAUUCACCUGUGAAUGCACCACUCAGAUCAAGGUAGAAAAUGUUUCUGUUACUCCAGUAGGUGCCCUUUGCCUCUCAUGGAGAGAUAAUUGCUGGUCUGACUUGUAUUGCCUGUCAGUUAGUUUUGCCUGUUUUAAAUGUAUAUCAAGUGGAAUUAAAUACACUAUUGUAUCUUCUGUUCUCUCUGUGUCUGCUAUAGUAAUCCAUGUUGUGGAUUGUAACAGCUCAUUUUUCACUUCUGUGUCACAGUCCAUUCAUUGUACAAGUUGAUCCAUUCAAUGUUGAUAAAUAUUUGGAUUGUUUCCAGUUUAUGGUCAUUAUGAAUAAAAUUGCUAUUAAAAGCC